AUAAAUUCUGCAGACGUGUAGACGUAAACAACACUUAGCUAACCACGUUGUUUUGUUCUUUCAGUGUGCCGGCCGCAUGGUGUGAGCACUGUGUAACUCACUUGCUUUAGUUUGAAACUGUGGUGUCGUCAAUACUUUAAUACUGUGCAUAUUUUCAGCAUUGUCUCUUCACAAUGCAUUCUGAGCAACAGGUGUGCUCCUUGGUCCUAGAGGAUGGAACUGUACUGACAGGUUAUAAUUUUGGAGCAUCCAAGCCUAUAGAUGGAGAAGUUGUGUUCCAGACGGGAAUGGUGGGCUACCCAGAGUCCCUGACAGAUCCAUCCUAUCACGCUCAGAUCCUGGUUCUGACUUACCCACUCAUUGGAAAUUAUGGAGUACCAAGUGAUGAAAAGGAUGAAUUCGAAUUACCCAGGUGGUUCGAGUCACACCGUAUUUGGGCGGCGGGGCUGGUGGUGGCAGAGGUAUGUGACACGCCCAGUCACUGGCAGCAGUCGCGCACUCUGCCGCAGUGGCUGGCCGAGCAAGGUGUACCUGGAGUGUCCGGCGUGGACACGCGUGAGCUCACCAAGAAACUACGUGAAAGGGGUUCCAUGCUCGGCAAGAUCGUGAUGGGUACUGUGGUACUGCCUUCGCCCACGGCGUCCCUGGCCUUCAAUGACCCCAACAUUCGCAACCUGGUCGCCGAGGUCUCCAUCAGGGAACCGAAGACGUACAAUGUCGGAGGCUCACCACGCAUAUGCGCCGUGGACUGCGGACUCAAGUACAACCAAGUGCGAUGUUUGGUGAAGCGCGGCGCCCGUGUGGACUUGGUGCCGUGGAACCACCCCCUGGACGUUGCCCAGUUCGAUGGAUUGUUCAUCAGUAAUGGGCCUGGAGAUCCAUCGCGGUGUGCAGAGACAGUGGACAACAUUCGAGCUGUGAUGCGAGCCGGCAAACCUGUGUUCGGGAUCUGUCUCGGCCACCAGCUCCUGUCCUCUGCAGCUGGGUGCAAGACUUUCAAGAUGAAAUACGGGAAUCGAGGACACAACCAGCCCUGCACCCAUCAUGGGACUGACAGAUGUUACAUGACCUCCCAGAACCAUGGGUUUGCGGUAGACGCUAGCACUCUUCCAGAUGGCUGGGCUCCGCUCUUCACUAACAAGAACGACCAUACCAACGAGGGGAUCGUUCACACUUCCUCGCCCUUCUUCAGUGUGCAGUUUCAUCCAGAGCACUCGGCGGGACCCCAGGAUUUGGAGUGUCUAUUUGAUGUGUUCCUGGACACAGUGCGAGCACACAAGUCUGGCAGUGGACUGGCCAUCCCUAUGUCUGAGAGACUGUCCCAAGCACUGCUCUAUCGCCCUGUGGUGACCGGAGAUAUUCAGACCUCACCGCCUCGCAAAGUCCUCAUCCUCGGCUCGGGUGGCCUCUCUAUAGGUCAGGCAGGAGAAUUCGACUACUCAGGGUCCCAGGCUAUCAAGGCACUUCAGGAGCACGGAAUACAGACUGUGGUCAUAAACCCGAACAUAGCCACAGUGCAGACGUCCAAAGGGCUUGCGGACAAGGUCUACUUCCUGCCUCUGGUGCCACAAUACGUCGAGCAGGUGAUUUGUUCAGAGAGGCCUGACGGUGUGUUGUUGACUUUCGGUGGCCAAACAGCACUCAACUGUGGUGUGGAGUUGCAAAAGAACGGAACGUUUGACAAAUACAGAGUCCGGGUGCUGGGGACUCCCAUCCAGUCCAUCAUCGAGACAGAAGACCGCAAGCUGUUUGCGGACAGAAUCAACGAGAUCGGGGAGAAAGUAGCCCCCAGUGCUGCAGUGUACUCUAUUCCAGAGGCGCUGGAGGCAGCUGAGAAGCUGGGUUAUCCGGUGCUAGCCCGCGCUGCGUUCUCAUUGGGUGGGCUGGGCUCAGGGUUCGCCAACAAUAGCGAGGAACUCCGCCGCCUCGCUCAGCACGCCUUCGCUCACUCCAGUCAGCUGAUCAUUGACAAGUCCCUCAAGGGCUGGAAAGAAGUGGAAUACGAGGUGGUCAGGGACGCCUUUGAUAACUGCAUAACGGUCUGCAACAUGGAGAACGUGGACCCGCUAGGGAUUCACACAGGGGAGUCUAUCGUAGUAGCUCCCAGUCAGACCUUGAGCAAUCGGGAGUACCACAGGCUGCGGACCACGGCUCUCAAUGUGAUCCGGCACUUUGGAGUGGUGGGCGAGUGCAACAUCCAGUACGCACUCAGUCCCACUUCCCAGGAGUACUACAUCAUUGAGGUGAACGCCAGACUGUCCCGAAGCUCCGCCUUGGCCAGUAAGGCCACAGGCUUCCCACUGGCCUACGUCGCAGCCAAGUUGGCCCUGGGCUUGGCACUGCCCGACAUCAAGAACUCCGUCACCGCCACAACCACCGCCUGCUUCGAGCCCAGUCUGGACUACUGUGUCGUCAAGAUACCCCGCUGGGAUCUGAGCAAGUUCUCCCGAGUGAGCACCAAGAUUGGGAGCUCCAUGAAGAGUGUCGGGGAAGUGAUGGCGGUGGGCCACAAGUUCGAGGAGGCGUUCCAGAAGGCACUGCGAAUGGUGGACGAGAAUACGGCAGGUUUCGACCCUACGCCAAAGGCGGUGUGUGACAUCGAGUUGGAGCAGCCGACAGACAAGCGCAUGUUCGUGCUGGCUGCGGCACUCAAGGCCGGAUACACUAUCGACAGACUCUACGAGCUGACCAAAAUCGACCGGUGGUUCCUUCAUAAGAUGGCUAACAUCGUUAACUACCAGACAGUGCUGGAACAGCUGACACAUCCCGAGCUGACGGCUGAACAUCUGCUCACCGCCAAACGACUUGGGUUCUCCGACAAGCAGAUAGCUGCCUGCGUCAAGUCUACAGAGCUGGCCGUGCGCAAGAAACGGGAGGACUGCGGUGUGACUCCCUGUGUGAAGCAGAUCGACACUGUGGCUGCGGAGUGGCCUGCCAGCACCAACUACCUGUAUCUCACGUACAACGGCUCCUCGCACGACAUCGCCUUCCCCGGUGGCCUCACCAUGGUCAUAGGGUCCGGAGUGUACCGAAUUGGCAGUUCCGUGGAGUUUGACUGGUGCGCCGUUGGUUGUCUAAGAGAACUGAGGAAAUUAGGCCGCAAGACCAUCAUGAUCAACUACAACCCCGAGACAGUCAGCACAGACUACGACAUGAGCGAUCGGUUAUACUUCGAGGAGAUAUCUUUUGAGGUGGUCAUGGAUAUCUACAUCGUAGAGAAUCCCGAGGGCAUAAUUCUGAGCAUGGGAGGUCAACUCCCCAACAACAUUGCCAUGGACCUCCACAGGCAGCAGGCUCGUAUCCUGGGCACCUCCCCGGAGUCCGUGGAUGGUGCAGAGAACCGCUUCAAGUUCUCCCGAAUGUUGGACCGCAUCGGGAUCUCACAGCCGAGAUGGAAGGAACUGACCAAUCUGAAGUCGGCUGUGGAGUUCUGCGAGGAGGUAGGCUACCCGUGCCUGGUCCGGCCGUCGUACGUGCUGAGUGGUGCCGCCAUGAACGUGGCUCACUCUGAACACGACCUUGAGAACUACUUACAGUCUGCCAGUGAAGUCAGCAAAGAACACCCUGUUGUCAUCUCGAAAUUCCUCCUGGAAGCCAAGGAGAUAGACGUGGAUGCUGUGGCGUGUGACGGCGUGAUCCUGUGUAUGGCAGUGUCAGAACAUGUGGAGAACGCCGGGGUACACUCAGGAGACGCUACACUAGUCACCCCACCUCAGGAUAUCAAUCCGAAGACCCUGGCCAAGAUAAAGACCAUCUGUCGGGCCAUAGCCAGCAGCCUCGAGGUCACCGGGCCCUUCAACAUGCAGCUCAUUGCCAAGGACAACGUGCUGAAGGUGAUAGAGUGCAAUGUGCGAGUGUCCCGAUCCUUCCCAUUCGUCUCCAAGACCCUGGAUCAUGACUUUGUAGCCAUGGCGACGAGAGUCAUCGUCGGGGAGAAGGUGGAGCCAGUGGAUGUGCUGGCUGGAUGCGGCAAAGUGGGCGUUAAGGUGGCCGUCUUCUCCUUCUCUAGGCUGGCUGGUGCAGACGUGAUGCUUGGUGUAGAGAUGGCUUCCACGGGAGAGGUGGCAUGUUUCGGAGACAACCGGUACGAGGCUUACCUCAAGGCCAUGAUGAGCACUGGCUUCCAGAUUCCCAAGAAGGCCAUCCUUCUCUCGAUCGGUAGCUUCAAGCACAAGAUGGAGCUGUUGCCCAGUAUCCGCGCACUACACAAGAUGGGCUACAAGCUCUACGGCAGUAUGGGUACUGCGGACUUUUAUAAUGAACAUGGAGUACAGGUAGAGUCGUCUCAUUGGACUUUCGAGAACAUCGGAGAGAACACAACAAGUGGGGAAUUGAACAACUUGACCGACUUUCUGGCUCGGCGAGACUUUGACUUGGUGAUCAACUUACCGAUGCGCAACGGCGGCGCACGCAGAGUUUCGUCGUUCAUGACGUACGGCUAUCGAACACGGCGGCUAGCAGUGGAGUACUCAGUGCCACUUGUGACGGACGUCAAGUGUGCCAAGCUGCUUGUUGAGGCCAUGCUGAGCAUUAACAAGGAACCUCGCAUGAAGACACACACGGACUGCCUCUCUUCACACCGCAUGGUCAAGCUGCCUGGGCUGAUAGAUGUGCAUGUACACGUGCGUGAGCCCGGUGCUACCCACAAGGAGGACUUCUCUACCGGCACUGCGGCAGCGCUGGCUGGUGGCAUCACACUGAUCUGCGCGAUGCCCAACACUGCCCCAGCCAUUACAGACCAGGCUACGUUCUCGCUGGCUAAGGAUCUGGCGGCUGCCAAGGCGCGCUGUGACUACGCCAUCUUCCUCGGGGCCACCAGCGAUAACCACAACACCAUCCCGGAGCUUGCUCCUCAAGCCGCCGGCCUCAAGAUGUACCUCAACGAGACCUUCAACGCCCUCCGCCUCCGCGACCUCACCGACUGGGCUAGGCACUUCGACAACUGGCCGACCAAGUACCCCCUGUGUGUCCAUGCUGAGGGGCAGACAACGGCUGCUGUUCUGCUGUUGGCAACACUGCACAGCCGCCCCAUACACGUGUGCCAUGUUGCUCGCAAGGAGGAGAUACAGAUCAUCAGAGCCGCCAAGGAGAAGGGUCUGCCAGUGACGUGCGAGGUGUGCCCACACCACCUGUUCCUCACCAAUAAGGCGGUGGAGAAGUUAGGCGAGGCCAAGUCCCAGGUGCGACCUAUACUCUGCUCCGAGGAGGACCAGCAGGCACUCUGGGAUAACCUGGACAUCAUCGACUGCUUCGCCACCGACCACGCUCCGCACACGCUGGAGGAGAAGACUAGCGAGCGACCGCCGCCAGGGUUCCCGGGACUGGAGACUAUGCUGCCUCUGCUGCUCACUGCCGUUAAUGAGGGCAAGUUGACUAUAGAGGACCUGGUGAACAAGCUGCACCGCAACCCUCGCCGGAUAUUCCAGCUGCCCGAGCAGGAGCACACUUACGUGGAAGUAGAUAUGGAUGCCGAGUGGACGAUCCCUGAGGCCAUGCCCUUCAGCAAGUCCCAGUGGACACCUUUCGCAGGCAUGAAGGUCAAGGGCAACGUCCACCGUGUUGUCCUCAGGAAGGAGGUGGCCUACGUGGAGGGUCAGGUGUUGGUGCCACCAGGAUACGGUCAGGAUGUGCGAGAGUGGCAGCCCUGCAAGAAGUCCUUGCUGUCCGCACUCAGCCUGGGGUCCUCCUUGGACAUCCAUCUGCCGGCCAUCAAGACUGACCUGGACCAGUCAGAUGCUGACGAUAGCCAUAACGAGAGUCACCCGAGGUUGGAGCUGUCCACGCCACACUCCAUGGACCACUCCCUGCUGAGGCCGUUGUCGCCGAUGCUGCUGGCCAAGGGCAAGAGUGACAGCAACCCCAACCUGCUGUCGCAGAGCACGCCCCACAGUCACGGGCUGCACGGUCAGCACAUCCUCAGUGUCGACAUGUUCACCAAGGAGCAGCUCAACGACCUGUUCAACCUGGCGCAGACCAUGCGGGUCUACGUGCUCAAGGACAGACCUCUCGACCACAUACUCAGGGGAAAACUGAUGGCUUCCAUCUUCUACGAGGUGAGUACGAGGACAAGCAGCAGCUUCAGCGCAGCCAUGCAGCGGCUGGGAGGCAGAGUGGUGCAGGUGGACGAGUCCAGCUCUUCGGUCAAGAAGGGGGAGACUUUGGAAGAUACAGUGGCAGUGAUGGCGGGCUACGCCGAUGUUGUCGUCUUGAGACACCCCGAACCUGGCGCUGUUUCUAGAGCUGCGCAACACUGUCGGAAGCCACUGGUGAACGCAGGUGACGGGGUUGGAGAACAUCCCACGCAGGCUCUGCUGGAUGUGUUCACCAUCCGAGAAGAGAUCGGCACAGUCAACGGCCUCACUAUCACGAUGGUGGGCGACCUGAAACAUGGCCGAACCGUCCACUCUCUCGCCAGGCUGCUGACCCACUACAACGUGCAACUGCAGUAUGUGAGCCCUGCAGGUCUGGGCAUGCCGCUACACGUUGUGCAGUACGUGGCGGGCAAGGGUAUAUCACAACAUGAGUACCGCACCCUGGAGGAAGUCCUGCCAGACACGGAUGUCCUCUAUAUGACCCGGAUACAGCGAGAACGCUUCCCCUCCCAGGAGGAAUAUGAUAAGGCCUGCGGCCAGUAUGUGGUGACACCCCAGCUGCUGACCAAGGCCAAGCGCAAGAUGGUGGUGAUGCACCCUCUGCCUCGUGUGUUUGAGAUCAGCGUGGAGCUGGAUUCAGACCCCCGCGCCGCGUACUUCCGCCAGGCCGAGUGUGGCCUGUACGUACGCAUGGCUCUGCUUGCUAUGGUCCUCGGACGAGCCUGACUGCUCACAUCACAUGACAUAAUACUAUCUUCGUUUAUAGAUGUAUAUUUUUGUACUGAAAUAUAGAGUAUACUUUGUAAUAAA